CAUGCGCGCACAAAUGAAAUGUCCCGGAUUGAAAAUGGCGACAAUGCAGCUGUGGUCCGGUCUAUAGAUUCCAGUGCGGCAGUGGAAAAGCCUAAAAGGUGUGCAAGGAGGAACAAGGAGCAUCAUUCGUCAACUCUCUAUUUUGUAAUGUUUCCGGUGAUUCCAGUCUUAUAUUCUUGCAUUGAUGGUGAUGUAUGCAAGUAAACAUCCAAGGCUCAGUGAUGGGUUCCAUGAAAGGAAUGAUGCCCAUCUUUUCCAGCAGGGUGUUGAGAACCACUCAAACAAUCUUGAUAUCACUGAGGUGGCACUGGAAAGGGAGAGAAAGAAACCUGUGCCUUCAUCAUCGGCUACUGGAAGCCAUAUAUCAACCAAUCAAAACACUGACGGCCAUCCAGCAUCUACUCAAAACAGUCCUAGGAACGUCAUCAGUAAAAACAUGUACUUGCAGCGACAGAAAGAUAAAGGCAAACCAGAUGCUGCUGCUGUCAAUACAGCCAACUCUACUCAAAAUACAGAGAAUAAGACAGCAAAUCAUCAAUUCCAUACUCCUCCAAAUUCACACCAUUCAGCUGACCAUGAACGGCAUAUCAAAACAAUUUUGGAAAAGGCCAAAGAGUGGUCUGAACACAAGAGUUCAUCAGGAAAGAAGUAUUACUACAACUGUAGAACAGAAGUGUCACAAUGGGAAAAGCCAAAGGAAUGGGUUGAGAGAGAAAAGCUUCAACGAGUCGUUGGUACAGGAAAAUUGGGUGCCAGUGAUUCACCUCACCAACCAUCAACUACCCCUACUGGGUCAUCUAAAGCUUUACCAAAUGACAAGCAUUCCAGCGAUGGCAAGCCUGAUGAAAUUGAGCGAGAGGCUCGCACCUCAGAUAAAGCAGAGAAACGAGCCGACAAUCAAUUGCAGGAUAGGAAACCUAUCAACAGCCAGACAAAGGGCAAACCUCAGCUUCACAGUCCACAUGCUAAGCCGGCCUCUUCACAUUCUUCGUCAUCCAGUACCAAUACAGGUUACUCAACCAGCCAAUCACAGCAAGCUAAAUCUACUAGUAGCCAAUCAACUUCAUCGUCAUCCUCGUCUCACUCUAGUCAACGAGUAGAACAGGGUCAUGAAUAUCAACCCAAAUCAACGGGCCAUCCCCAAUCGUCUAUAUCCAGGCCACCUAACACAGAAAAGACUCAGAAUGAUUAUAAUGAGCAUUCAAAAAGGGAUAUGCAGGCAGGCAAUUUAAGGAUGCCAGUGUCACUAGCGACUGAUAUGUAUGGAAGGCUAAAAAAUCUUGUAGCUGCUUCACAUCCUCCAAAAGGGUCUGAUAAUGAUUCACCUCGGGUACGAAGCACACCGUCUCCUGCAGACACUCAAUCACCAGUCACUCCUAGGUUCCAUGGUAAACCUUUCCCAUCAAAGUCACCUUCAACAGACAGAGAUAGGCACUCGCAUCAAAAUGAAAGGAAUGAUGAACUUAGAGAAAGGUUAUCAAGCCAGUCGCCAAUGUCUGUAGCCUCGCAGUCACCUUCUCCGUCCCACCCUUCCUUUAGGCUGCAGCACACAACACCAGGGACAUCAAGAACUCACCAGGACAGUAAAGGAACAGCAGAAAGCUCGUCUCAUGGGUCAUCUGUUGAGGAUAGGUAUAGGAAAAACCACCACUCAAGUAGAAGCGCAACUUCAAAUCAUACACCAACAUCCUCAUCUUCUGUUUCAAGUAGUGGAAAGAACUCCUCAUCACAUUGUAGAGACAGAGAAUGUGACAGAUAUAGGGAGAAGGAAAGGAAUAGGGAUGUUGACAGUGAAAGGGAAAGGCAACGGGAUUCGGAGCAAAGGUACGACCGAGAGAGGGACAAGGAGCGUGACCGAGAAAGGGAUAAGGGACGUGAUCGCGAAAGGGAGAGGGAACGCGACCGCGAAAGGGAUAAGGAACGCGACCGAGAAAGGGAUAAAGAACGCGACCGAGAUCAUGAUAGAGAUAGAGAAUGGAGCAGAGAUAGGGAUAAGGAUAGGAGAAAUGAAAAGGAAAGGGAAAGUGAUCGAGAAAGGGAAAGGGAUAAAGACAAUAAAUAUGACAAGGAAAGAGACAGGACUCAAAAUAAAAAGGAGAAUGUAAUUGUAGAUAAUGACAUUGAAAUGGAGGAUGAAGAUGAAAGAACAAUGGAUUCAGAACCAUCUCAUAAUGGUGACAAGUCAAAGGAGACACACCGUUCUGGAAACAACAAGCUCGUUUUAAAAGAGAACAGUUCUGAAAGUGAUAAACAUGUUAAAGAUUCUGAUGAUAAGCAUGAUGACAAGACGGCUUCGGACAUCAAAGAGAAGACAGACAGUCCAACAACAUCAUCAAGUAGAGAAACCAAUGGCGAGGAGCUGGAUAAGAAGUCAUCUGUUCCUGAGAAGAGCUCUGACAACAUCGACUCCUCCAACAAGAAGGUCCCCUCAGAAUCCAGUGCUGCAGAAAAUAUUCCAGCCCAAAUGCAGCUAUCUACAUCCCUCACUUCCUAUGUCACUGAAGAAUUGACUAAACAUAUCACAGGAUGGGCAUCUGAGUUUGGAGAGAAACAGGCUGCCAAAGCAAGUGAUGAAAUCCAUGUACUUGGAGCUGAAAGCACAACACAGCUAUCAGUAGAUCUCAAGUUUGCUCGUUCAUUAGUGAGAGUAUCAGAAAUUCAGGCCAACCUACAAGAAGAAAGAGUAUUAUUUCUUCGCAAACAAGUUCUAGAAUUAGAGAAACUGAAGAAUGAGAAUGCCUUCAUGACAUAACAGCAAGAUGGUAGUAGAAUUAAAUCAGUUUUACAAAAUGUAUACACUAUAUUUUCAUUACACUGAAUAUUCAAAUAUGUGGCAUAUAAAGCUUUAUAGCCAAAACAUAUGCUGGAUGUCCCUUUGUAUGUUUCCCCUCAUUUUUCAAAA